CUAGAGUGUCUUGAGUGAACUGUGCAACAAUGUGAUCCUAGGUGAAAUACGGCGACAGCAGCAGACCACGCACACAGCAAAGGCAGACACGCGGUCAGGCUGACAGACAGACAGUGGUUAGCGAAGAGAACAACCAACGGUAAACUCAAUUGCUGAAUCAAACAAACAAUACAAAACGCCGAGAGGAAGUAGACUGAGCAGCGAGGCCUGGCAACGCAAUCAAGGAGGGAGAGAGUAGGGCAACGUGUCCUAAAGCGAGAGCGACCGAAUCCAAGUGAACGCCAUGCCCAGUACAGCGGGUAGCGCAGCCGGCGUCGGCGUUGGGGCGUUGAUCAACAGCGCCGGCAGCAGCGCCAGCAUGGAUAUCGGUGCUGGCACCGGCGCUGGCGUCGCGAUUGGCGGCGGCAGCACCGCAGCCAAUGCCGGCAGCAGCGCAGUGGCCGCAGCAUCGGCUGGCACCUUAAUAGCACAGAGCACGGCAGGCACAAGUGCCGCCAGCGGCACCAUCACCUGGGACAACAAUGGCACCCUGCGCUCCAUAAAUCCCGGUGACUGGUCUAUCGAACAGUGCCUGAUCUGGCAACAGCCGCAUCAUCUCUAUUUUCAGCUGGGCUGGGCCUUCCUCUUUCUGGCGUUUCUAGCGCCUCAUGGACCCUUCGGUUCGCUGUGGAUGCGCGCUACUAUGCUCAUCGGCUGCAUCAUGAUGGGCAUGUACGGUUACCUGAUAGAGUGCACUCCGGACGUGGUGCUCUGGUCCGGCCUUGGCAUUGGAAUCAACUUCAUUUAUCUAAUCGUGGUGCUAUGUCGACUGCGUCCAGUGCGCUUCGAUCAGGAAAUUGAAGCGAUGUACGUGGCGCUGUUUCAGCCGCUGCACGUGACGCGUCAACAAUUUCGCAAGGUGCUCAACUGCAUGAAGGUGAUACGUGGACUGAAGUACCAGGAGGUCUAUGCACAGGAGAAGGUUACCAAAGUUGACAGCCUGUCACUGGUGCUCAGUGGCAAAUUGGUCGUAUCGCAGCAUCAGCGGGCGCUGCACAUUGUGUUUCCCCAUCAGUUCCUAGACUCGCCAGAGUGGUUUGGCGUCUCGACCGAUGACUACUUUCAGGUGUCCAUAAUGGCCAUGGAGGAGUCGCGCGUACUCAUCUGGCAUCGGGACAAGCUCAAGCUGUCCAUCAUGGCCGAGCCGUUCCUGCAAACUGUAUUUGACCACAUAUUGGGCCGCGAUGUGGUGAAAAAGCUAAUGCAGGUGACACAGGUGAGCGAGUCAAUAGCCAGCAACGGUUUCCUGCCCUCGGGCGGCUAUGCGGAGGAUGCCGAGGACAAGCCCAUGCUCAUACUGAAGAAGAGCGUCGAUGUGGGCCACGGACUGACGGCCCUAAUCAAUCGUCAGCUGCAAGAAGAGCAUGUUCCUUUACUUGGUCGCACGUACAAGCACACUAAGCAGCAGCUGCCGCCGACGCCGCCAGAUGGCGCCAGUUUGGCGGACACCAGCGUUGAUCACUACGCCAUCGCCGCCGCUGCAGCUGCUCGACACGAUGGCAGCAAGCAGUCAAAUUGAAGUCGAGUCCUGAUCAAAGCAACUGCACACACACUCCCGCACACACAGACACAAUCAAACACUAUUGCUCACAGAUAUAACACCAUUUGUAUAUGUAUACCAUCAGCGUCAACAACAGCCGCAACAACAGCAACAGCUGCCAGCACUGGCUUCAAAAGCGGCAAUAUUUGAUAGAGCGCUAGCGAGCAGCUCUGCAGCAUCUCGGCAUCAUUCACAUCAUCCACAAUCGAAAGUCACCUAUAGUAGCAUUUAUCAUCGCUCAUCACUCAUCGAUCAUCGUUUGUCAGUUAUCGUCAUCGAUCCCCACGCACUCGCUCUUCAAUGUUUGUCUAAACUUUAAGCACACGGAUUGAGAUAAAUUAAAUAGAACUGUACAACUGAUCGAACCAGCUGCUGUUGUCAGGCUCUUGUCAAUUGCUUAUCUCUCUGUUUAGUCUUAAUAUAAACAAUC